AUGGAGUACAUCGACAAUGCUACGGUUGGGGCUGUUUCGUCGGCUUCCGGAACGGUGAAUAAAAUUCUUUGUUGCGAAUGUGGUGUGCCGAUUGAACCGAACGCAUCGAACAUGUGCGUUCCAUGUCUACGUUCGCAUGUCGACAUCACGGAAAACAUUCCGAAGCAAGCGGUAAUUUUCUUCUGCCGAAACUGCGAGCGCUACCUAAACCCACCGAAUGAAUGGGUACAGUGCAGUCUGGAAUCCAAGGAACUGUUGAGUCUUUGUCUGAAGCGUUUGCAAGGUUUGCGUCAUGUGAAACUGGUAGAUGCAGGUUUCGUUUGGACGGAGCCUCACUCGAAGCGCAUCAAGGUAAAGCUGACCGUACACGGAGAGGUAAUGAGUGAUGUCGUGCUACAGCAAGUGUUCGUGGUGGAGUUUACGGUGAACAAUCAGAUGUGUGAUGAUUGCCACCGAACCGAGGCGAAGGACUUUUGGCGUUGUAUGGUGCAGGUACGCCAGAAAGCAGUCAACAGGAAGACACUAUUCUACCUCGAACAAAUGAUACUGAAGCACAAGGCGCAUGAGAACACGCUCGGAAUCAAGCCCAACACUGGUGGGUUGGAUUUCUUUUACGCGACAGAUGCCCACGCCAGGAAGAUGGUUGAUUUCUUGCAGGCAGUCCUGCCAGUAAAGGUUACCAACUCUAAGAAGCUCAUUUCGCACGAUAUCCAUAGCAAUUCGUACAAUUACAAAUAUUCGUACGCUAUCGACAUCGUACCGGUGUCGAAGGGUAGUUUGGUGUGUUUGAGCAAGAGAUUGAUGCAGCAGAUGGGUCAUAUAUCGCCGAUCUGUUUGGUUUCAAAGGUGGCCAACUCGAUUCAUCUCAUAGAUCCACAGACGGCACAAUUGGCGGAAGUACAAAACAUGGCCUUUUGGAAGACACCUUUUGAAGCGGUCUGCAAUCCCAAGCAGAUGAUCGAAUUCGUUGUGAUGGAUGUGGAGAUCAUUCGGGAGAGCCAACGAAAAACGUUUCCUGGUCAGGGUCCAGUAUCUCAACGUCAUUCGCUGGCAGACGUUUGGGUAGUGAAGGCAUCCGAGUUGGGCAUUAACGAUAAUACCAUUCACGUCAAAUCACAUCUGGGUAAUUUGCUGAAACCUGGUGAUUCCGUGUUGGGAUACGACUUGCGCGAGGCUAACAUAAAUAAUGCCGAUUUUGAGAAGCUAAAAGCUGACCUUGUGCCCGAUGUGCUGCUGAUAAAGAAAUCAUACGAUAAGACAGUGCGUAAGCAGAACCGUAAUUGGAAGCUGAAGCAUCUGAACGAAGACGUAGCGGUCGAUACGGAUAUCGAAAACGAGUACAACGAGUUCCUGGAGGACUUGGAGGAAGAUCCAGAGCUGAGACAGAAUGUGAACAUUUUCAAGGACAAGAACAAGCAGAUACCGGUAGAUACGAACGAUAUGGAUGAUCCGUCCGUUCCACGGAUCACGCUCGAAGAGAUGUUGGACGAUCUAGUGCUGGAGGAUGAAGAAAUGGGCGAUGUUUGA